AUGGCACAACUCGAGCGUACGCUGGCUGCACUGGGAGGUCCUGCUGCCGCCGAGCAAAGGGCUUCUGCGGGCCGGCUGAAGGCCGAGCCGGCCCGCCCUUCGGCGACACAGCGCCGUUCUCCACUGGACGAGUCCGAGGACGAAGGCGACACUGCGGCUCCUUUGGCUGCUCUCGAGGAAGCAGCCCCCAACGUAGGUCUGGGUUCAAGCAAGCUGACCACGCUGGACCGAGCACUCGAUGCCACAGGACCUCAGCGCGAGUACACCCGGCGCUGGGUCGCCCGUCCUUACCUCAACGCGUGGCUGGCUAGAGCACCGAAGCCGGGUGCAAGCUUUUCCCACGAUGGUUCACCUCACGUGGGCUAUCGCUGGAGUGCAUCAGGCCGACCAGUGCUCCAUAGACCGAGGGAGCUGGCUUUUGGCUCAGGAGCUAAGUCUCGAGUUAGGUGGGCCGAGCUAGCCCUUUCGAAGUUGCGUGAGGAGGCCGAGUUCACAGACAGGCGGCAGAAGCUAGCUCAGCGCACCUCCGGGCCCAGCAAAGACCAGUCCGACCCGACAGCCGAGACGGA